AGCAGGCACACAGCCACCUUAAGACCUGCCAUUUUCACUCAGCUCUGAGAGCCUCAACCCAGGCUCCAACACACAGUCCUCAGUACCCAGGACCCACAGCGGGCGCCCGGUCUGUUCCACGGGGAUUUGCCCUAAAAUGCCAGCCACAGGGAGAGCGGACCCCAAGGCGGAGGACUACUCCACAGCUAUCCUCAAGCAGAAGCAGAGGCCAAACCGUCUUAUUGUGGAUGAGGCUCUAAAUGAGGACAACAGCAUAGUAUGCCUGUCCCAGGCGAAGAUGGAGGAGCUGCAGCUUUUUCGGGGAGACACCGUGGUUCUUCGCGGCCGAAAGCGCAAGCAGACUGUCUGCAUUGUUCUGACUGAUGACUCCUGUGCUGAUGAACGUGUGCGGAUGAACCGCGUGACACGCAACAACCUGCGUGUGCGUCUCGGGGAUGUGAUCAGUAUUCAGGCAUGCCCAGAUGUGAAAUAUGGAAAACGCAUCCAUGUGCUGCCCAUUGAUGACACCAUUGAGGGCUUGACCGGCAACCUGUUCGAGGUCUUCCUGAAGCCCUACUUCCUGGAGGCUUACCGACCUGUGCACAAAGGGGACAUCUUCCUAGUGCGGGGCGGCAUGCGUGCUGUAGAAUUCAAAGUGGUGGAGACAGACCCAGCGCCACAUUGCAUUGUUGCUCCAGACACCAUCAUUCACUGCGAGGGCGAGCCAAUCAAAAGAGAGGAUGAGGAGGAAAGCCUCAAUGACAUCGGCUAUGAUGACAUCGGUGGGUGCCGAAAGCAACUGGCCCAAAUCAAGGAGAUGGUGGAGCUUCCAUUACGACACCCCACCCUCUUCAAGGCCAUUGGUGUGAAGCCUCCACGUGGGAUAUUACUAUAUGGGCCCCCAGGAACAGGGAAGACCCUUGUGGCCCGCGCAGUUGCCAAUGAGACAGGCGCCUUCUUCUUCCUCAUCAACGGGCCUGAGAUCAUGAGCAAGCUGGCUGGUGAGUCUGAGAGCAACCUACGGAAAGCGUUUGAGGAGGCAGAGAAGAAUGCACCUGCAAUCAUCUUCAUAGAUGAAUUGGAUGCCAUCGCACCCAAAAGGGAGAAGACACAUGGUGAGGUUGAACGGCGAAUAGUGUCACAGCUCCUCACCCUGAUGGAUGGCUUGAAGCAACGUGCUCACGUAGUUGUCAUGGCAGCUACUAACCGGCCCAACAGUGUGGAUCCUGCUCUGCGACGAUUCGGGCGGUUUGACCGUGAAAUUGAUAUUGGAAUUCCCGACUCCACUGGACGGCUGGAGAUUCUUCAGAUCCACACCAAGAACAUGAAGCUGGCCGACGAUGUGGACUUAGAGAGGAUCUCCAUGGAGACCCACGGGCAUGUGGGUGCAGACCUGGCGGCACUCUGCUCAGAGGCAGCUCUGCAGGCCAUCCGAAAAAAGAUGAUUCUUAUUGACCUGGAGGAUGACACUAUUGAUGCCGACCUCCUCAACUCCCUUGCUGUCACCAUGGACGACUUCCGGUGGGCUCUGGGCCAGAGCAACCCUUCUGCCCUGAGGGAGACAGUAGUGGAGGUCCCACAAGUGAACUGGGAGGACAUAGGUGGUCUGGAGGAGGUGAAGCGGGAGCUGCAGGAACUGGUGCAGUACCCAGUAGAGUACCCGGACAAGUUCUUGAAAUUCGGUAUGACCCCUUCCCGUGGAGUGCUCUUUUACGGGCCCCCUGGCUGCGGCAAAACUCUGCUGGCCAAGGCCAUCGCCAAUGAGUGCCAGGCCAACUUUGUGUCCAUUAAGGGGCCGGAACUGCUGACCAUGUGGUUCGGAGAGUCAGAGGCCAACGUCAGGGACGUUUUCGACAAGGCGCGGCAGGCUGCCCCCUGCAUACUUUUCUUUGAUGAGCUGGACUCCAUCGCCAAGGCGCGCGGGGGGGGUGCCGGGGAUGCAGGGGGGGCAGCUGAUCGAGUGAUCAACCAGAUCCUGACAGAAAUGGAUGGCAUGACCAACAAAAAGAAUGUCUUCAUAAUUGGCGCUACCAACCGCCCAGACAUCAUCGAUCCAGCCAUCUUGCGCCCGGGCCGCCUGGACCAGCUGAUCUACAUCCCGCUGCCUGACCUGCCAUCCCGUAGUGCCAUCCUGUCUGCCAACCUGCGCAAGUCGCCUGUUGCCCGAGACGUGGACCUGGCGUACCUGGCCCAGAUCACAGAGGGCUUCUCUGGGGCUGACCUGACAGAGAUCUGCCAGCGUGCGUGUAAACUGGCCAUCCGGGAAGCCAUCGAGGCCGAGAUGCGCUUGGAGAGGCAGCGGCAGGCGAAGGCGGACACUGCCAUGGAUGAAGAUUACGACCCGGUACCUGAGAUCCGCAAAGACCACUUUGAAGAGGCCAUGCGUUUUGCUCGUCGUUCUGUCAGUGACAAUGAUAUCCGCAAGUAUGAGAUGUUUGCCCAGACGCUGCAGCAGAGUCGGGGAUUCGGUAACUUCAGAUUCCCUUCAAGGUCACAGUCUAGCGGAGGUCAAGGGUCAGGACAGGGGGGCAGGGACCCAGGGGACCUGUACAGAGACGAGGGGGAGGAUGACCUGUACCAGUGAGUGUGGGGCGACAUCGCCAGUGUUCCUGACACCCUCAUGGAGACCCCACACCUCUGCAACACGGGGCAGUUUGCACCUGAGAGAGAACCAUAAUCAUCAGCGACUUGUGGUUACGUUACAUAGCUACUGUAUGAGUGUGUGUGUGUGUGUGUGUGUGUGUGUGCGCGCGUGCUUGCGUGCAUGAGUGCCUGGGCAACAAACCACGGAGAUGUUAGCACAUGCUUUUUUGAAUCAAUUUUGCCAUUAUUAAUACAACAUGUAAACACAGACUAGGAGCAUGCAGGACUAUGACCUGAGAGCCUGGAGUCUGAUAAUAAAGGGAUUUCACAUUCUC